CGAGCGAGCUGCUGAAGUUUCUUGGAGCGGAGAAAUCUCUUUAAUCUAGGAGAGUGGCUGGUAUGCACAGCCUCGGUGGGGAAAUUAAACGCAGAAGGAGUAUGCAGAGUGCAAUGUUCCUGGCUCUCCAGCACAACUGCAACCAAAUGGAGAGAAGCGCCAGCAAUUGCCAGAGCAAAGAGGAGAAAAAAGGGAAGAUGAAGAAAACAAUCUUAAGAGAUUGGAAAUCAAGAAUAAGUUGUUUCCUGCAAAACUCUUCCAGUUCUGCCAGUAGAAAAGCCAAUAAGAACGGAAAACCAAAAGCGUUUGUUCGACCCACUGCCGAGGAAGCCCAGCUGUGGUCAGAAGCUUUUGAUGAACUUCUAUCUAACAAAUAUGGUAUUGCAGCUUUCAGGGCAUUCCUUAAAUCUGAGUUCUGUGAAGAGAACAUUGACUUCUGGCUGGCUUGUGAGGAUUUCAAGAAAACAAAGUCCCCACAGAAGCUCUCCUCCAAGGCCAAGAAAAUUUACAAUGACUUUAUUGAAAGGGAAGCUCCCAAAGAGAUCAACAUAGAUUUUCAAACCAAGAAUGUCAUUGCCCAGAACCUCCAAGAGGCUACACACAGCUGCUUCAGUGCAGCCCAGAAGAGAGUCUACAGCUUGAUGGAGAAUAACUCUUAUCCACGGUUCCUGGAAUCUGAAUUCUACCAGGAAUUGUGCAAAAAGUCACCAAUUAGCAGGGAGCCUCAAGGGACAUGAACUCUAAGAGCAUCAGUGAAAAAAAGAGCAAUAAAGAAGGUCAUUUAUCCAUCAAGGAAGAAGACCAUGUGUCUUUGCAGGCUCGGUGGACUCUCAGACUGAAUGUAUCUGUCCAAACAUAAUGGAGAUCUGUCCAAACAUAAUAUAUGUUUUUGAUGGAUGGACAUACUGACACUAGCAGUUUUCAAACUGUGUGACAUGGUGUGAUAUUUAAGAGUCUUAAGAGAGACAAAACAAGCAAAACUGCUGGCCAGUUGCUAAAGAAAGUUCAUGUUCCAUACAGAAGUGAUGCACCAGGAAAGAAUGUCUUCUGCAUUAACUGAUUGCUCUGAGUAAUCCUACUCCAUACAUCAACCUGGAUGCAUUUGGCACUCCAAGCCAGAUCAGUUCAGCCUCCGUUGCAAAAAGUAAUAAGCUGCAGGGCUGUUCUGUGCAGUCCUUCGGAGACUUGGGAGAGGCUUUGAAUAAUUGGCUGUCUCUGUUUUCCCUAAACUGGCAGUGUGUAGUAAUUGCCAUUCCUCUCCAGGUUUCCUUAAACCAGUUCUGUUCUCUGCAGACUGUGCAUAGAUGUAGCAGACUUCCUUGUGACUGCUAGUCAUAAAUUCAAGUGUCUCUGUUUAACUAGAUGCAGAAAGAUAAAGGAGAGACUGACUUAGAAGCAAAGCAUGCUGACCAGCAAUUAGCUAGGAUCAAGUUCUGCCUGCAUUUGAGGCCACUAAGAGCAGAACUUGGACCAGCCUUAUUAAAAUGAGAGCUGUAUCUUGUGUGUGUGUGUGUGUGUGUUGACUUUGGUUGUGUCAUACGCUACUACAAAUGCUGAAAGCGUGAGGACAGGCAAACUUCAGUGAAGUUGCCUUUUUGAAGUAACAGAUUUGUUUUAAUAAAUUAUUUUUAUUUUAAUAGAA